CUGGAGAUCACAGCUUACCAGCAGUAGAUCAUGUCGCUGGAGCUCGCGGAGGCCAGGAAUGGCCGCUGCUCGAGCAGCCACCAAGAUGGAGUAGCAGCGGCCGCGGAGGAGCACACGAAUAAGAGUAAGAAGAACUCCCUGUGGAGCAGCUUGAAGCGGAAGAGCCGCCUCUACUGGCUCAUGCUCGCGCUCUCCGGCGUCGUCACCGUCGUCAGCACUGUCUCCGCCUUCCUCAUCGGCCGCUUCUACUUCACGCAGGGAGGCUCCCGGCGAUGGCUGUCCGCCUGGAUCCAAGUCGCCGGCUGGCCGCUAAGCGCCUCCAUGCUCUUCCUCCAGAAAACCAAGAGCCUGCGUGAGACCCUCUCCAUCUCCCGCAAGCUCGCCUCCGCCUACGUCGUGCUGGGAGCCAUCAACGGCGGAGUUUGCCUCCUCUACGCCUGGGGGAUCUCCUACUUGCCAGCGUCCACGAGCUCCAUCCUCAUCUCCACGCAGCUCGUGUUUACCAGCCUCUUCGCGCUGGUGAUUGUCCGCAAGCCACUCUCGCCCUUCAUGUGGAACGCCGUGGUGCUCAUGACGUGCAGCACCGUGCUCGUCGGCCUCCACUCCAGCUCGGACAAGCCCCCCGGCCUGACGCACUCGCAGUACAUCCUCGGCUUCGUCAUGACGCUGGCGGCGGCGGUGCUCUUCGGCCUCCUCAUCCCGCUGUUCGAGCUCGUCACCAAGAACUUGAUGGCCUCGUCCAGCUCGGCGGUGGCGGAGCUCAUGACCUUCGUCAACAUCGUCGCCACCGUGGUGCUGUCCAUCGGGAUGGCCAUCAACGGGGACUUCUCGCGGAUCUCGGCCGAGUCGCGGGUGUUUAAGAGCGGCCGUGUCUCGUACUUCAUGACUUUGUUCUGGAGCGCGGUGCUCUACCAGGUGCAGUAUCUGUCCGUGACCGGCGUCGCGAUGCUGGCCUCGUCGCUUCUCUCUGGGAUCUUGAUCACGGCCUCGACGCCGCUGGUUUCAAUCUUUGCCUUCUUCUUCUUCCACGACAACUUGGGAGGGGUGAAGAUCAUGGCGCUGGUUCUCUCCGUCUGGGGGUUCAUCUCGUACGCCUAUGGAGGAUACCUGGAUGAGAAAUCAAAGGCUCCAAUCGCCGAGGAUAAAAGUAACGACAGAGAGGAAGUGUGAACAUAGCUUCUUUUGACCGAUGAUAAGAGAAUGAUUUGUUUUUA